AUGGUGCAUGAACGCCACGGCGUCGUCUGCAGCCAACACGCAGCCGGAGCUGUUUGCCUGGACGUUCGAGAAGAGCUGCUGCGUCGGAGACGGACAUCCGAGACGGCUUCGGCAAUUGCACCGGGCGUCGCCUUGGACCCUUUCGGCUCGUAUGGUAAGCGCGCAGCUCAUAGCGAAAGUCACAAUUGGUUGGCGAUGGCGACAUUAACUUACGGUGCGGUGGGUGCAGAUGAGUGCUGUCCGCAACCGGCGUUCACCGUUGACAGCGCGGAAUUGAUCAAGAGACGAUCAAGGGUUCCGAUGACUGAGAAGUAA